GCGCCGCGAUUGGUGGCGCCGGGAGAGGGAGGUAUUGUUGCUAGGUAGAAUAAGAUGGCGGCUUUGGACAGGGUCAAGGUGCUGGUGUUGGGCGAUUCCGGUGUCGGAAAAUCUUCGCUUGUUCACCUCUUAUGCCAAAACCAGGUGCUGGGGAACCCAUCCUGGACCGUGGGCUGCUCGGUGGAUGUUCGAAUCCAUGACUACAAAGAAGGGACUCCAGAGGAGAAGACCUACUACAUUGAGCUGUGGGAUGUUGGAGGUUCAGUGGGUAGUGCCACUAGUGUGAAAAGCACACGAGCAGUAUUUUAUAACUUGCUGAAUGGGAUAAUUUUAGUGCAUGACUUAACCAACAAGAAAUCAUCCCAGAAUUUGUAUCGCUGGUCUUUGGAAGCACUCAACAGAGAUGUUGCUCCAACAGGAGUUCUUGUGACAAAUGGUGACUAUGACCGCGAGCAGUUUGCUGAUAACCAGAUUCCACUGCUGGUAAUAGGAACUAAGCUGGAUCAGAUCCCAGAAACUAAGCGGAAUGAAGUUUUGACCAGAACAGCUUUCUUGGCUGAGGAUUUCAAUGCUGAAGAGAUAAAUUUGGAUUGCACCAAUCCUCGUUACCUGGCUGCAGGCUCAUCCAAUGCUGUCAAACUAAGCAGGUUUUUUGAUAAGGUCAUAGAGAAGAGAUACUUCUUAAGAGAUGGCAAUCAGAUUCCUGGCUUCUCUGAAAGGAAAAGGUUUGGAGGGGCAACACUGAAGAGCCUUCAUUAUGAUUGAACACUGAAGAAGUGGAAGAUGACUUCUCCAAGUUCCUAACAACAUUCCCAUUUCGACUGGAUGCUUAAAGACAAUAACGCCUCUGUCAAGCAGAGUAAAACGGUAUUAUGCUUUGGCCGAGUAGACUGCUGAAGCUACUUUUACUGGAAGAGACUUGGGGAAGAAUUUCCGAAAAUCUAAUUUGAAGCCUACAGUGUUUCUGGGGAUUGCAGACUGUCUGGAUAUAUGGGAACAUUUGGGGAAAGCGUGCCAUAAAUUGAAUGCCUCUCGCGCUGCUGUGGGAAACUUUAUCAUACACAGCAAGUAUACGUGACAUCUUUAUCUCCGUUUUGGAAAACUCAUGGACAGUCUUUGCAAUGAAUUACAUUCAUCUUACCUCUAAAGGAAAGAUGACACUGAGUGGGCUUCUUAUUUAUGGUAAAGUGAACAAAACAAGUGAGCAAAAUGUAAGAAUGGAUAAGAAAUGGUCUGGAAAAUAAUAGAAUGCCUUCAUUAAAUGAAUGGUGGUGUCUCACCUGGAACACACUGUUCAGCCCUAUUCAAAAGGGAUAAAUGAAAUAGGCAGAGAUGAAAAAAGAUUUGAAGCCUUAAAAAGAAAAUUAUGAGUAGAAAACAUGGUAUUAAUUCUGCUGCUUAAAUUAAAAUUGUUUAUUUUGGAGAUGACAAAGUGAAUCAGGUACUCCUGUUUAUCUUUUCAUAAUUGAGUGUGUUCUUGUUCUUAAAUCAAAAGGCAGUGCAUUGAAAGCUGUUGGGAAAAGUAUGGUUUUUAUACAGUGCUUAUUUGGAACAAAUGUGACAUGGUCUUACUGAGCCUCGGGGCUUCGCAGAUUCAGAAAACAUGAAAUGUAAGAACAUCCUCUGAAUUAGAAUGGAUAGAAAUUUAGAAGGGAUAUAAAGGCCUGUAAAAAGUAGGAACUGAGCAUGAUUAGAAGGAAAGUUCUGUGAUAGAGUUGUUUCCUUUUCAUAUUUAGUACUAAGGAUAAAGGAGACUUGACCUGGUCUGAUCUACUGUGUAAGUUGUUGUCUUCCUAAGUAGCCCCAGCUUUGCAUGGUUUCUCACCUCCCUAGAAUUAUAUGGAGUGGUAAAAGCCUGAUUUAUCACAGUUUCUUCUUUCCCCUCCUUCCUCACAGUCAUCUCUAAUGGUUAAGCCUCUGGCAAAGGCUAACUAAGAGCUGGAGUUAGAUAUAAAUACAGAUUAAUAAUAAAUGGGGAUAGAAGAAAGUAAAAUGCUGGUGUGAAACUGACAGUGAGCAGACUUCUGCAGUCUCCAGAUUACAUCUGCCUGCAGCUCUUCUCUAGCAGCUGCCUGGAAAUAAAUGGAAAACUGCUUAUUGCCACUAAUCAGGCACAAAAAUGACAGCUAGGUGCACCAGUCAAACUUAUUAAAAAUAUGGAUACUUUGCUUUUCCUUACGCUGUUUCCAGAAAGGUCUUGGAGCAUUUGCAAACAUGACUGCGGUAAGUUUUUUAGAUGCCUGUAUAAAUUGGUUAUUAGGUUACCUUUACUUUAUAACCAGGGGAAAAUAAGGUACUGAAAUAUUCAUAGCAGAUAACCCAUGUCUGAGCUAUGCAGCUCAUGACAGCACCAAUGUGUCUCUCUGCUCCCUUGACAAUAAAAGCUGGAAUUAUUUUUUCAAGGUCAGGUGCUGUCUUAGGGUAGGUAGAACUAUGCUCCCUCAGGUUACCAAGGAACUGCAGAACAGAAGAAAGCUAGGCCUAUUUCUUCUGUCACCCUAUGGUUUUGGGAGAAUUGGAAGCAUUGCAAAGUAAGGGAGGUCAUUUAGUAUAAGAGGCUGCAUGAAGCAACAGUUACACAGGUCUUUGAUUUGCAAUAAGCAACUCUCCAAAGUAGCCCCUUUCAAUUAAUGAAAAAAAGGAACAUUGCUCAGUAUGCUGUAGGGUGGCAUAAGCCCUAGUUGCAGCUUACCUGUAUUUGUGCGUUUCACUCCUGAGGCUCCACAAAGGAGAAACAAAGUCUUCACAUGGAAAAUCUCAUGAAGGUCAGUUCAUGCUCCAGGAGGAGGAGAGAAUUCCUAGGUCCUGUGCAUCAGUGGGACUGUAGGUUAUGGCAGUCGGUAUCCAGGAGCAAAUUAGAAAGAGAUACUGUUACGAUAGGAGAGAGAGAAAAUAAAGGGAGUAGUAUCAAGGAAAAGUAGAGCACAUGGGCAAGCGGUAGCAGGUUAGCAGAUUGAGAGAGAAGUUUGCCUGAGGCUGUGGCUCCUGCUCUAGGCUCAGCUAAGUCUUCCUGGGCUCACUCAUUCAGCUAUGAGCCAUAAAACUCCUCCCAGGGUAUCUCCAUCCAUUCUUGAAAUGACCAGCUGACAAGUGACUUCAUGGUCAGUCUCACUGUCCCCUGUGCAAAGCGAAGGAUGCUUCCUUGGAGGCAUGGUUCUGAUGUAUCUGUUUGUCAAAUUGUAGUGCUUUCAGGACACUGGGAAUUAAAGAGUUUACCCUUUUUAAUUUUAGUCUGGAUGUUUAACUUGAAGAAAACGAGUACCAGAGUUGUUUCAUGUUGUUUGUGUUGUCACAGUAUUUAUUCUGAUACCACGAACCUUAACUCUGUUCUGCAUAAACAAAUGAUAGAAUCGCAGAAUCAUAGAAUGCUUAGAGUUGGAAGGGACCUUAAAGAUCACCCAGUUCCAACCCCCUGCCAUGGGCAGGGACACCUCCCACUAGACCAGGCUGCUCAAAGCCCCAUCCAGCCUGGCCUUGGACACUUCCAGGGAUGGGGCAUCCACAGCUUCCCUGGGCAACCUGUUCCAGUGCCUCACCACCCUCACAGUAAAGAAUUUCUUCCUAAUAUCUAACCUAUAUCUCCCCUCUUUCAGUUUAAAACCGUUGUCCUUUGUCCUAUCAUUACAAUCUCUGAUAAAGAGUCCCUCUCCGUCUUUCCUGUAGGCCGUCUUUGUUAGUUUUAAUGCACUGAAAUCCUUUACGUAGCUGUCAUUUGGUUAUAAUUCUAAAGGGUAAAGGCUAAAUUUUUGUGCUGUUCUCCAUCAGUAGCCCUGAGAAAUGGUUGCAGACCCAUUUGACCAUGAUUACGAUGCUUUAGCCUUCCUGGUCCCAGAUUAUAAUGGGUUGCUGUGUAAAACACCUGUGUGUGCUUUUCCAUGUAUUUUUGCCUACUUUUCUUCUUCCAGUAUUUCAUCAGGGCCGAGUUAAGGAUAUUAGCAUAUUCAAAUUACAUUUAAGUAUAAUCCUGAAAUUUUAUGGUUUUUUUCCCAUGCUUGGGGUUUGGAUAAUUGCACUAUGCCUGUUUUGUCAUUUUCACGUUUACCUGACUGGCACUUACCAAGGCAAGAGAGCACUAUAGCUCUCUUGAAAUAGGUCCGUAUGAUUUUUGUUUGGAGUGGUAGCUUCUGUUUUCCUAAAUGUAAUGGAGGGACAGAAUGGACUGAUAAUUAUAAAUAAGAUAAACCAUGGGAACUGGCAGAAAGCCAUUGCAGGCACCAUUAAUCUGCUGACUGGGUGUAGUGUGGGAUUAGGUACAUAUGUAUUUUGAUCAGGGAUAGUGGCACCAUAUGCAAGUGCCACCAGUUUAGCACCGUACCUUGCUGUACCAAUAUUGUUGGUGUGUAUAGAGCAAGAAUAUCUUGCACUUGCUGUGGUGUGUAUCAAAUGUUCAGCAUCCAGCAGGUGAUGUGGCAUGACCAUCCCUAGCUGUUCUCAUUGACUUUACCAUUACUCGCUGCGACAUCCCUUCUGUGCUUCUGCUUUACUUCUAUCUUAAAAUGUCUGAACAUCGGUAUUAAGUUGUCACUAAAAAGAAGUUGACAAAUAUUCAUUGUCCAGCCAAAUCCUUUUUAGUUUUUUGGAUCAUGGGUGUGAGUGUACUGGUUGCCUUACACCUGUGUUAAUGUAGUGCCAUGAAUCCAACAUCUUAGCUAUUCUAAUACAAAUAGAUCUUCAGUACAGAUUAAGUAUCUUAUUUGUUUAUAUCUCAUCAGGUAACCAUAGUUAAGUAUAAUUUUUCCUUUUAGGUCACAGUGAUGUGUAAUUGAGUCGUGUAUGUUGAUGAUGUUACAUUUAUUUUUCAAAGGAAGCGCUAGCUUCUUGUCAGAACCAGGACUACAUGAGCAGCUGGAGUCAGUUGCGUUGCUGUUUGCACCUCACCUAUUUCUGCUGCCCAAAAAAUGUUCACCUCCAAUUUCAGGUCUGUGGUCUCUGUGCCACACUUCACUCCUCCGUCUGUGUUUCACCUUUCCUUUCUCUGCUCCCUCCCACUUUCUCAUGCCCUCUAUGACACUUCUGUCUGUCUUGCCUUCUGUCUCUUACCUCUGUCCACCCAUGCCCCCAUUCCUCCAGAUCCCUUUCUCCCA